CUUCAUCUUAGCUGUGCUACUAAGGAUGGAGAGAUUGGGGAUUCAGACGGCUGCUGGGAAAGCAAAGCUGGUUGGGACGUCCAUUUGUAUAGGAGGGGCAAUGGUACUGACAUUCUAUAAAGGACCUGAGGUCAUCUUUUGGACAACGAAUAUUGACCUCACACGUGGAUUUGGGCAUGGAACAACCAAACCACCACAAGCUAGUAAUAGAGCAUUGGGGUUAAUCUUAGCCCUUUGUUGUUGUUUGUGUUAUUCACUCUGGUUAAUUGUUCAGGCUAAGAUGAGCCAAUCGUACCCUUGUCCCCUAUCAAGCACGGCUCUGAUGUGUUUGAUGGGGUCAAUACAAAGUGUCAUAUUCGUUAUGUGUGUUGAUCAUAAGUGGGAGGAGUGGAAGCUUGGAUGGAAUAUCAGGCUUUUGUCUGCAGCUUACGCAGGAAUACUAGCCUCAGGAUUGAUGUUUGCAUUGAUAGCUUGGGGUGUAAAGGCAAGAGGUCCAUUGUUUGUAUCAGUAUUCAGCCCUUUGAUGCUUUUGAUGGUGGCAAUCAUGGGUUCUUUGUUCCUCGGAGAGAAGCUACAUAUUGGAAGUUUGGUAGGAGCAGCACUAAUAGUGGUGGGGUUAUAUUCGGUGUUGUGGGGGAAAGGGAAGGAGGCGAAGAGGAUGACGCCUCAGCUCAAGCCAUCUAAGAGCUCUAGAGAUGGAGAGCGUAUCGAAGUGGUUGUCACUAUCAAAGCCUCUUCUUCACUCGCUAGUACUGAUGCCAACAACAACAACAAUAACUUGUUAUCAACUGCUCCUCCUAAAUCGGCCACUAUACCCUUAGCAUCAACACCAUUGUAACUUUUAUAGCAACAACAAUAAUAGUAACAGCAAGCGAUGAAGACGAAGAGGAGUAAGAUGGUGCCAUGGAGCAUUGGUAGAUGUUUAUGAGUUAAUCAAUUCGGUAUCACAUUUUGGCAAGUGUAGCAACUUCAGAAUAGGUAUGCUAGUGGGUUACCUUGGAAACCUUGGAA